AUCUGAACCUUUUAAUCAACUAAAUGGCACCAAACAGAAGGUUAAGAUCGUCCAAUCAAUUCAAAUGGAUCAUGGAUACAAAUUAUAAAUCCUACAUUGAAUAAUAUCCUCUUUACUAUAUGCGUGUGUAUCAAAAUCAUCUAAACUCUGCUAAAGCACGGGAUAAUUCUCAUACCAAAAAUACGAGAAAAAAUAAAAAUAAAUAAAUAAAAAAGGAGGCCGGAAAAGAGAGGGAGCAUUUGCAGCGAUCGAUGAGAAAAUCCUAAUUCAGACGGAGAACACGGAAAAAAAAAAAAAAAACCAAAAACCAGAGAUUCUGCGCGUAUACACCGAAACAAAGACACCGAGUUCGAGCAAGACCAAGACGUAGACCGGAAUACACCGAAACUGAGCAAAGCACAAAGCUCUCGCAAGCCAGAAAAAACCCAAAGAUUCAGUUGCAGCGAGAGAGAGCAGAGAUAGAGAGAGAAGAGAAAGAAUGAUGUGCUUCGAUUCCACCAUCUUCCGUACUCCCGCAAGCUCCAAAAAGGUCAGACCUUCCGCUCUCCCUCCAUUCCUCUUCAAAUCAUCACUCUCUUCUCUCUAAUUCCAAACCAAUGAACUCCGCUCGAUUGAUCGAUGCCGUUUUCGCUGUUUCUCGCGCCUGAAAACCCCCACAAAAAUGAGAUCUUUUUGGUGCUCCUGCGGUGUCUCUCGGGCUCCCGAUGCCGAAUUGAGAUUGCCGGCGAAAUGGGUUUUCUCGUGAAUCGGAAUUUCGAUUGAAAUUAGGGUUUUGGAGCAAUUCAGUAACUUCGGGAGCUCGAUCCAUGAAUUGGGUUUUUGAGGUUUUGUUGUGGAGAUGAGAUUAGCUUCUACAUUGUUGAAUCCAUGUGCUUCGGAAUUCGGGAGACCGUCCAGUGCGAAAUGGAAGGAUUUGGAUUCUGAAUUCCGUAUUGAGAAUUGGGUUUGCUUUAGGUUUUUGUAAUUCGAGUAUACGAGCUGGGAUCCGGCGCUUUGUAUGGACUCUUUGAUGCAUUGAGAAAUGCCGCCGCAGCCGAUGCAGCAGCGGGUCAAUCUCGCCGACUUGAAAGGUCAGAUAGUGAAGAAGAUUGGGUUGGAGCAGGCGAAUCGGUAUUUCAAUUAUUUGAGUAGGUUUUUUGGUCAAAAGGUUAGCAAGAGUGAGUUUGAUAAGUUAUGUUAUCUGACGCUUGGGCGGGAGAAUCUCUUCUUGCACAAUCAGUUGGUAAGAUCAAUUCUGAAGAAUGCUAGUCAUGGGAAGGUACCACCACCAAUACCUACAAAGGAAAUUUCAAAAUUGGUUAGAGUGGGAGAGGUAAGAUCUCCGCCGAAAGAAGAUGGGUACCCACAAAGCGGGCCAUCACCGACUCUGAUGUCUGCUCCACUGAUUUGGGGGAAUGGGGACGUGUUGCCAAUGUCACCUCGCAAGGGCAGGUCAGUGGUCCGUGAUCGGAAGCUCUGGAACCGGCCAAGCCCGCUUGGGCCUAAUGGGAAGACUGAUCUCGCUUUGCCCCAGUCGGUCAUUGCUGAUGAUGCCAUUCAAAAGGGUGUUAUGGAAAAUGGGGAGUUGAAUCAGUGUGAUCUACAGAGGCCAGUGGAGCAUCGCCAAGGGCUUGCAGAACAGCCCGAGAAUGAGGGAGACAUCUCUCUUCCCCCAGCAAAAAGACAGAGAGCAAAGAGAUCGGCACACGAUGUUCUGUUUCCUGUACAUAACAAGGGCCCAGUUGACACUGUCAUUCUUGAAGAUGUGGACGCGGCAGAGCAGGCUGGAGUCACUAACUCUACUAGAAGACCUCUUCAGGCACCUCUUGGGAUCCCAUUUUGUUCAGCCAGCGUUGGUGGGGCCCGCAGGGCAUCGCCUGUGGCAAGUAGUAGUUUUGCUAGUUGCAUUGACAGCGGUGAGUUGUUCGAUACUGAAACUUUGAGGAAAUGGAUGGAGCAGAUCGCAGGAGCAGAGGGGCUUGAUGGAGUGCCUAUGGCUUGUGCGAAUUUAUUAAAUAAUGGGUUGGAUGCAUAUUUGAAGCGUUUGAUCAGGUCGUGUAUUGAGCUAGUGAGAGCAAGGUCUGGGAACGAACCAACAAAGCACUCAGUGCACAAGCAGCAACCUCAUGGGAAUCCCAUCAAUGGGGUCUUGCCGGGCCAUCACAUGCAUAUCCAAAGUAGCGGCGGAUCCACAGAUCUCAUUCAAGAACCGAAAAGCUGGUGUCCCAUAUCGCUGCUAGAUUUUAAGGUGACAAUGGAGCUAAACCCGCAGCAGCUUGGGGAGGACUGGCCACAGCUACUUGAGAAGAUAUGCCUGUAUUCAUGUGAAGAAUAAAACAUCCUAAUCACAAUUUGGUUACUCUGAAGCUGCACUAGGUCGGCCCCACCUGGUUCGAAGGGUGCUAUUCAUGGAUGGACACUGUCCAGGUGGCAGCUCAGGCUGUUUGAUCCAAGAUGAGCAGAAUCACAUACCUCGGCUUAAGCUCAGUCCCUUGCCAGAUGAAAAUGGGGAUUGGAGUAGAACCUCUGUACUAUUCUUCCACGGGCCCCCGGCAACCAACUGAAAGGGAGUUUCAAUAAUUUCCCUUGUUUGGUUGCACUGUUGUACGUUUAGCAUUCGUGAGGGGGUUGUCUCCUGUCAUCACUGCUGAUCUCAAGUUGUUCUGUAAUCUAAAGCAGAUGCGGAGAGGAAACGAAAGACAGUUUUGCAGGAAAUACUGUUUGUAGCUAGGUAAAGAUGCAGUCACAUUCUGUAAGGAUCGCAGCGUUUGCUGUGUAUGUAUCAUCAAAUCUGAGAUUUGCUUGGGUGGUUUCAGUAGCGACAGUCCCUCACCAUUCAAUGUAUUUUUUAUCAGUUAUUUUAGUUUGAAUAUCCUAAUCAAUUGAUGCCUCAGAAAUCAAAUCUUUGAAAGUAAUUUUUA